GAUCCGGAUCAUGAAGGUCUACAGCUGGACUCUUCCGGUUGUGUGCCCUCAUGAGUGCGUUGCAGUAGACAGCAGGUGGCGGUACACACCUGUAGUUGUGAGUUUGUGGUUCUGUAGUGAACUCAAGAGAAGAAGAAAAAAUAGGAACCCGGAACAACCCCGCGCGGGUACUCUAUAGACUCUCAGGAAGUCUUGAGUGUUUGGUUUUUCUGUGAUCAAGUUUAUCGAUCAGCUGUGAUGUUAUCCGCUCUGCUUCACGUGACUUUGCCGCUCGCGCUCUGCGCCCUGUUGACGCGCUGCCGCCUGUUUGACGCGGUCGCGGUGGAUCUGUCUUAUGAUCAUUAUGCAGAGCAGCGCGUGGAUCACCUUCCCCCCUUCCUCGCGAUGCCCUGUAACUGUCUGGUCAACCUGCUGUACGCCGUAACGGGACUCUACUGGCUGCUCCGGGACAGUGACAUCGCGGAACCGGAACAGGGCCGCUACCUGAGACAGGUAUUCGCCUUCAUGUCCAUCUUUUACGCGCCUGUGCAGUGGGCGCGCCUGGCGGUGCUGCAGCGCGCUCCCGCGGUGCUGGACCAGUGGGUCACGUUACCAAUAUUUGCGUGGGUUCUAGUCUGGAUCUGCUUCAUAGAGCGUGGGCCCAAGGGGUGGCGCGUGUGGCACGCGGCAGCGCUCGAGCUGCUCUCCGUCCUCAGCUACGGACUUGCGCUGCUGCACGAGCGCGGCUUCGAGGCGGCGCUCGGCGGUCACGUGCUGGUGGCAGUGUAUAAAGGGGUCCGCGUGCAGCUGACCCACGGGGACGCGCGCACGCGCAGGUACCUGCUGCUGGCGGUGCUGUCCUGCUGCGGGUUCGUGGGUCUGAAGCUGCUGGACCUCCAUCUGGCCCGGUUCCACCUCUUCCAGCGGCUCACGGGACACUUCUGGUCCAAAGUCUGUGACGUCAUGCAGAUCCACUUCAGCAUCUGUUUUCUUAACGAAUUGACAACCAGGACCAGGAAGACCAGAUCCCAGAGGGACUGAGACCAACAGGAGCUUGUUUGAUAAAAAGGACUAAUGAUUGAUCAGGUUAUUGAUUAAUAGAAGUGAAUGAUAAUAAUACCAAUCGAGUCUUCAUGUGGUCUGUUCAGACCUCUGAGUCGGGUCAAAGCCCUCUGAUCCAGUCCUGAAGCAGAAGGCCCAGACUCUGGUCUGAUCCAUUCCUGAAGCAGGAGGACCAGACUCUGGUCUGAUCCAGUUCUGAAGCAGGAGGACCAGACUCAGGUCUGAUCAGUCUGUGGUCCUCCAAAGCUGAUUGGUUCCCUCAGUAAACACUGAUGAGUUUAGUUUCUUCUUCAACACAGAAUGACGUUCAUUUAGAGUCCCAGAGAGCAGGAAGAGGGGGCGGAGUCAGAGGGGGACACCUGGGACAGACCGGUCUCUCCCGUGGUGUACGGUGGCCCUGAAGGUCAGCUUCACAAACAUUUCACUCAGUGUAGAAUAACAUUACAGUAAACAUCACUUCCUGCUCACAUGGGCAACCUGAGUCAUGAGAGAGGGAUGCAGAUUAAACACUACUCUCAGCCUAUCAGGUCUCAGGUAAAGGAGGCACAGCUGGACACACCUGGACACCUCAGCCUGAAUCAGAAUCAGAAACAGGAAGUGAUGAUAAACUGAUACAGGUUAGACUUUUAUAUUCAGGGAACUUUUUGUAUUUAGUGAAAUAUUUGUGCUUUGAAGAAACAUAAUUAUUAAUUAAAUAAAUAGAUUUUCUCCUGUUGAA